GGGAAAGCGCGCGCGGCGCGGGAGCGGCCGCGCCAUGAGCCCCGCGCGGGCCCGGGCGGCGGCGGCCGGGGCGCUCCGGCGGAGCGGCGGGAGCGCGGCCCCGCCCCAGGGGCGGAACAGGAAGCGCGCGGCGCCCCGCGGAGGUGCCCGGUAGCGGGAGGGCUGUGGGAGUGGGGUGCUCUCUCCGAGGCACGGACAGCCAGCCCGGGAAGGCUCCGGUGCUUGCUGGGUUCUCGUAAAGCCCGGUACUCGGGCCCCCGGCUGCAGCGCCCGCUCCGCCGCCCGCCCGGCAUCUCUUCAGCGACCCGGCUGAGGUCGAGAUCCUGCGCGGGAGUCUGCUCGCCUGGUACGACCGAUGCAAGCGGGACCUUCCCUGGAGGACACUGGCAGCGACGGAGCCGGAUGCCAACAGACGGGGAUAUGCAGGUGAGGAGCAGGGACUGGCAUUGAGGUGUGGCUUUGGGUGCCAUCCUUGGAAGAAGGUGCCUGAAGUGGCCACAAGAGCCACUGAUUCCCCUUGCAAGGAGGAUUGGAGAAACCACCUUGGGCCUGGGGGAACUCCUGUGAGGCAGCAUGUGGGGAAGUGUGGGUGUCCGAGAUCAUGCUCCAGCAGACACAGGUGGCUACAGUGAUCAACUACUACAACCGCUGGAUGCAGAAGUGGCCAACACUGCAGGCUCUGGCACAGGCAUCCCUGGAGGAGGUGAAUGAGCUGUGGGCUGGGCUUGGCUACUACUCCAGAGGGAAGCGUCUGCAGGAAGCAGCAAGGAAGGUGGUGUCCGAGCUGGCCGGCCGGAUGCCCAGGACGGCUGAGGACCUGCAGAAGCUGCUGCCGGGCGUGGGCCGAUACACGGCGGGAGCCAUCGCGUCCAUCUCGUACGGACAGGCUACAGGAGUUGUGGAUGGGAAUGUGAUCCGGGUCCUGUGCCGCCUGCGAUGCAUCGGUGCCGACUCCAGCAGCCCGGCUGUCAUCGACCGGCUCUGGGACAUGGCCAAUGUACUGGUGGACAGGAGUCGCCCAGGGGAUUUUAACCAAGCCUUGAUGGAGCUGGGGGCAACUGUGUGUGUGCCCAAGGCCCCACUGUGUGGGGAGUGCCCUGUGAAGCAGCACUGCCAAGCGUGGCGCAGAGUGGAGAAGGAGCUGGCCUUUGCCUCUCAGAAUCUGUUUGGAAAACCCCUCCCAGUGCCUGAUGUUGAGGACUGUGGUGUUGGGGACUGUCCCCUGUGUCCCCCAGCCACAGAGCCAUGGGACAGCAGCCUGGGGGUGACCAACUUUCCCCGGAAAGCAGCGAAGAAGCCGCCACGGGUGAUGCGAACGGCCACAUGUGUGCUGGAGCGGAGGGGCUGCCAUGGGGCCCCAGAAUACCUCAUUGUGCAGAGACCCAGCUCGGGUCUCCUGGCUGGGCUCUGGGAGUUCCCAAGUCUCCCGCUGGCUCAAGAUCUGCAGGAGGAGAAGGAGAGGGAGGAGCUGGCUGAUCACCUCCAGGCCUGGAUGGGGCAGCCUGUGGCAGGCAAAGGCCUUCAGUUUAUCGGAGAGGUCAUCCACAUCUUCUCCCACAUUCACCAGACAUAUGUGGUCUACUCCCUGCACCUAGAUGGGGAUGUGACCCUCGACCCUGCCUUGUCCCCGUCCCGCUGGGUCACAGAGGAUGAGUUCCAUACCUCGGCUGUGUCCACAGCCAUGAAGAAGGUGCUGAAAGCUCACAAGAAGCAGUGCAGGAAGGAGAGCAGCCCUGUCAAGAGCUCCAAGCGGAAGCGGGGGGCAGGCAGCACCUGCCCUGGGACGCAGCUCUCCCUCCGCGCCUUCCUCCGGGCACCGACUGCCCCGUGAGGGCACCGACCUUCCUCGAGGGAGACCCCAGAGCCCCUCGCUGGGGCAAGGCCUGCCUGGGGUGUGGCAAUGCUGUCCCUGUGCUGCAGCAAGCCCAGCCCACAGCACUAUCAUGGUCUCCCACUCUUCCUUUCCCCUGCCUUCACUGUGGGCGUUGUGCCUGCAUGUGGUCACUGGUCCUGGAUUAAUCCUGGAGCCAGACUUGCCAUCCCUCCUUGGCUCAAGCCCUCCUGAGGCUGUUUGGACCCAUACUGGCACUACUUUGGCCCUGUGGACUUAGGGCAGCAGGGGUUUCUCUCCAGCAGUGGGAAGGCUGUGGCCACAUUGUUCCUGCAGCCCUGUCCCCUGCCUGCAUCUCAUCCACCAGCCAGUGACUGGGGAUGCUGCUGCACCCUCCCUUGUUUUUACUGGACCUGAAAAUAAAUCUCAAGUAUGUGGGGU